UUUUUUUUUUUUUUUUUUUUUUUUUUUCAGAGAAAGAAUAGCACAUUAAAGUCAUGUAUAUUUACUUUGGCAUUUUAAUAUAAUAGAUAGAUACUAUAAUGGUCUACUACUGCUACUAUAAAGCUUAUUGAUUUGUUUCCAUUAGUCUUCAAUUAUAAGAAUUGAUAAUUUACCCUUAUCAAUACACAAUCCUUUACUAAUGUAGAGAUAAUCAUUUUAUAACCUUAGAAUAUAUCCUCUUAUAUGGAGCCUUUUAUUUUAUUUAAUCCUCUUUACCUAUAAAGAUUGAUUUUUAAAAAUUUAUUUGUUAUUGUUUUUUUUUUUAUUGCUGUCAAAAAUGUUUCAUUAUUUUAUUAAUUAUGCUAAGGUGGCUUAUAUUCAGUCUGUUUUCUUUAAACUUCCAGCUUAGCUUUUUUUAUUCUUGAUAGCUCAAAUCUCAUUCAAUUAAAAGUUACCCAUCAUUCUCUAUGAAAAGUGUAUUGAAAUUUACAUGUCAAUACGUGAUUGUUUGGUUAAUCUUCCAUGUUGUAAUCUACUUUAUUCAAAAGAAGAAUGCUUCUAGAAAACAUUUGUUUAAUGUGAAACCUUUUAAUAUAAGCUGGCGUACUUCAUUUUUCAAUUCAUAUUUUAUCCACAUCACACAUAGUUAUGCGCCUCAUUUAUGGCGUACCUGGUUUCAAAUUGGUACGAUCAUCACAUUUUGCAUCAUGUUUGUUGGAAUUUGGAUUGUAACUCAAUCUAGUGUUGAAAUCUUCAAAACCAUACUUACCUAUAUACCUACUGUCAAGGCACAACUGAUAAAACGUAACUUCAUAUUAAUGGAACAACAAGAACGACAUGGUAUCUUACUGCCUAUAAUUCCGGGACUCACUCUACCCUUAGAUCAUAUACACUAUUUUUUGUUAGCUCUAAUGAUGGCUGCCCUUUUCCAUGAGCUAGGUCACUGUCUUUGUGCUGGUGUCUAUGGACUCACUAUUAAAUAUUUUGGUUUAUUCCUUCAUUACUUAUACCCUGGUGCCUUUAUUUCUAUUUCUCAAGCUGAUUUGGAUACAGCUGGUUCAUGGCAAAAAAUACAAAUUGCCUGUGCAGGUAUCUGGCAUAAUCUCAUUUUGUAUACUGUCUGUAUUGCAUUCAGACGGGCAAGCGAAUUUAUUUGGAGUCAUUUAGGAUGGAAAAACUUGGUAAAUGAAGAUAACGAAAGUGGUGGUGGUGGUGUAAGCGUAGUAAGUGUCCAUGCUACAUCUCCUCUUUAUACGCAUCUAUUGCCUGGUAUGCGUAUUAUACAAUUGGAUGAUACACCUCUUAAAAAUAGCUCCUCAGAUUGGAAAGCCUUUUGGAAUAUGAAUUAUACUUUACCAUUAAAACAAGGAUUUUGUACGUUAUCUCAUUUUAUGAUUGAGGACAAGAGUUGUUGUGAUAUUACAAGUGAUUUACCUUUUGGUAAUUUUAGUGAUCCAAACAUUUCCUGCUUCCAGAACAUUGCAGCACAAGAUAAGGAAGAUGUAGAAGGGAAAUGUCUAGAUACAAUGCAGAUAUUAACAUCUAUCGAGACAUCUCGCUGUACUAUAGAUGAUGACUGUUCUGGAAAUAAUACAUGUGUAGUUCCUUUUACCCCAUCUAUACAUGGUCAAAGGGUUCGUCUAUUUGGUGAAUUAGAAAGUAAAGAGUAUACAACGAUUAUUUAUGAGGGCACUUUAGAGGAUGUUCUAAAUAGUGUUCAAGUGAGUCAUUUGCAUCCAAAAUAUAAUUAUUUACCACCUCAAUUACCACAUCAAAUCGAUCUUUUAACAAGUUUUAUUGCAACUCUCUCUCUUUCACUAGCCUUAUUGAAUAGUGUACCUGCAUUUAAGUUAGAUGGAAUGUCUAUUCUUUGUCAAUUGUUAAGAAAAAAACGAAAUUUAUUUACAGUUAUUACAAGGCUCAUGUCUGGAUUAGUUCUGUUUAUUGUAUUCGGCAGUGUAUUUAUAUUCAUUUUACAAAAGAUGUAACAUUUCUUUUGUAUAGCAUGCUAUAUCAUAAGUUUAGAAUAAAAUGUUUAAUUAUUGUGGUAACAAGAAGGAAGCAUAAAACUGCUACCUUUUUUAAAAAAAAACAACAACAACAACAA